AAAAUGCAAAAUUUCAAAGGGAUAAUCAAAACAGAACUGCUGCUGAAACAAACGGCCAUCCAUCCAUGGCCACUUCUUUCAGCUUCAAACUUGCUAUCCCAAUCACCAUCUCCAAGCCGACGAAGCCCAGAAUUCAUUCUACUAAAAUCCGCUGCAUAGGAUGGGACCCAGAAGGCGUAUUGGGUGCUCCGAAGGGUGACCACAUAUCGAGGUUGGAAUUCAAGCGACGCCUCGAUAAGGAUGCCGACGCCCGAGAAGCUUUCGAGCGCCAAGUCCGCGAAGAGAAGGACCGUAUGCGUGCUCUUCGCGAGAAUCGGGUGGCACCGGAUACUGAAGAGAAGUUGGUUGAGUAUUUUCUAGAUACUGAAGCACAGGAGAUUGAAUUCGAGAUUGCAAGAUUGAGGCCUCGAUUGAACGAGGAAUUUUUCUCUCACCUGAAACUCGAACUGGGAAAACUAAGAUUUGCCGUCUCCAAAACUCAGGAUGUGGAAGACAGAAUAUUCGAGCUGGAAACACUUUCGAAAGCCCUGCAAGAAGGAAUAGAAGCAUACGAUCGAAUGCAAUCCGAACUUGUGACAGCAAGAAGCAGCUUGAUGAAACUUUUUACGUCAAAAGAUGUCAAGGCUACUUUAUUGGACAUGGUCGAGAGUAACGAGUUGAACAGAUCUUUAUUGACACUUCUCGAUGAAAAUAUUGCGACUGCAUAUCAGGGUAACCAGACACAAGCGGCACAGUAUAUGGAAAAGAUUCGUGGAGCGAUGCUCAAAUACCUAACGGUUUGAUUUUAUGUAACACCGGUAAAUAAAUAUGUACACUACUUUUUGAGGGUUGAGAUUUGCUUGUCGCAGUAAUUUUGUUCGUUGUAUUUUAUCUUUUAUUGUAAAAUUAGAAACUCGGGGGCCGACACUGUAUUAAUGUUACGACAGAAGAUUAAUGUUGUACAAUAGUUGUAUGAGAUGCUAAUACGAAAGGUUCGUUAGAGUAUGAAAUGAAAGGUGCUGGAAGUUUCGAUUUA